GGCUGCGUUUCCCGCCUUUUUUGCGCCAGUCCUUUCUGAAGGGAGGCUGCCAUCUAAAGGGCCUUUGGCGCCCUUUUCUCACCAUGAAAUGCGUUUUGGUGGGCGCCCAUAUAAAAGUCUUUGGCAGAGCCAUCCAUGCCGUGGCGCGCAUCAGCGAGGAAUUUUGGUUUGAUCCCGUGGAACAAGGACUUUCCUUGCGGUCUGUGAAUUCCUCCAGAUCAGCCUAUGCCUGCAUCUUCUUUUCCUCUAUGUUCUUUCAACACUAUUCCUGGAGAAAUACAUCUGAAACAGAUCUGUAUAAAAAGCACAUACCGCUUAGAUGCAAAUUAGUAAUAAAGGCAGUUCUGCCUCUGUUUCGUUCCUUGAACACACUGGAAAGGAAUGUAGAGAAAUGCACCAUUUACACCAACUUUAGGGCCUGCCAUAUUGUUUUUCAGCUUUUCUGCAGACAUGGUGUCGUAAAAACACAUCACCUCACUUUUCAAGAAUGCGAACCUUUGCAAGCCAUCUUUGCGAAGCAUCUGUGCCCCAACGUCCUGAAGAUCCAGUCGAGGCAGCUUUCGGAUAUAUUAAUCCAUUUCCCAAACUGUCAAGAGGAAGUGACUUUAGCUGUGACGCCUGUGAAAGUAUGUUUCAAGACGUACACAGAGGACGAAAUGGAUUUCCCAGUGCCAAUGCAUACAGAAAUACAUCUCAGUCCAGAAGAGUUUGAAUACUUCCAAGUCGGAGUCGACUCUGAAGUCACAUUUUGCCUUAAAGAGCUUCGGGGACUUCUGGCUUUUGCGGAAGCUCUUAACACUUCAGUUUCUGUCCAUUUUGAUCUUCCUGGAAGGCCAGUUGUUUUCAGCCUUGAGGAUACACUAGUCGAAGCCAUUUUUGUCUUGGCCACCUUAGCAGACGUUGAGAACAGACUCUCUUGUGAAUCUCUGCAACAUUCUCAGGGUCAGCGAAGGAGCUCUGUGUUGGAGAGACACAUUCAAGGCACCGUCGCCCAGAGAACCCUUCAAGGCCCAGGAAUAGCCAUGGAUCCAGCAGACAGUUUUACCGUUAGGGCUGAAGGGCCUCCACCGAAUCCCGAGCACAGUAAGUUUCAUUCUUUCUUCUUCGGAGCCAUUUCACCGAGUGAGCAAGAUGGAGCCCAUGUGGUCCACAGUUUGGCCACGGCCAGCGACACUGAAGAUGACUUUGGCAAUGGGCAACUCUCUCCAGCAUUUUAGUGAGGCCAGAUGCCCAAGCCCUUGUCUUUUAAAUAAGUGUGUGCUUAAUAUCCUGAUUUGUUGGGUUGUAAUGUAUGUUUAUACUGUCGAAGGCUUUCAUGGCCGGAAUCACUGGGUUGUUGUAGGUUUUUUCGGGCUAUAUGGCCAUGGUCUAGAGGCAUUCUCUCCUGACGUUUCGCCUGCAUCUAUGGCAAGCAUCCUCAGAGGUAGUGAGGUCUGUUGGAACUAGGAAAAAGAGUUUAUAUAUCUGUGGAAUGACCAUGGUGAGACAAAGGACUCUUGUCUGCUGGAGCUAGGUGUGAAUGUUUCAACUGACCACCUUGAUGAGCAUACAAUGGCCUGACAGUGCCUAGAGCAAACUUUUGUUGAGAGGUGAUUAGAUGUCCUUGUUUGUUUCCUCUCUGUUGUUGUGCUGUUGUAAUUUUAGAGUUUUUUUAGUACUGGUAGCCAGAUUUUGUUCAUUUUCAUGGUUUCCUCCUUUCUGUUGAAAUUGUCCACAUGCUUGUGGAUUUCAAUGGCUUCUCUGUGUAGUCUGACAUGGUGGUUGUGAGAGUGGUCCAGCAUUUCUGUGUUCUCAAAUAAUAUGCUGUGUCCAGGUUGGUUCAUCAGGCGCUCUGCUAUGGCUGA